CAGCGCGGUGCAUUGUGGGUGUGGGACGUGGUGCGAGUUGACGUGGCCAUCUUUGCUCCGGUUCUGAGCUGUGCGGCGGAACCGGGGACAUCUUCACCAGUAUCUGACGUGCAAGCUCACGGAAUCCCCAAUUCUUAUACCACACAGAACCUUGAUUUACGUUCAGACCAUGCUGACCAAGUUUGAGACCAAGUCGGCACGAGUGAAGGGUUUGGCUUUCCACCCGAAGCGGCCAUGGAUCCUCGCCAGUUUGCACAAUGGGGUCAUCCAGCUCUGGGACUACCGCAUGUGCACUCUCAUCGACAAGUUCGACGAACAUGAUGGACCUGUCCGAGGUAUCAGCUUCCACCAGCAGCAGCCCCUGUUUGUGUCAGGAGGAGAUGACUACAAAAUCAAGGUUUGGAACUACAAGCAGCGCCGGUGCCUCUUUACAUUGCUGGGUCAUUUGGAUUAUAUCCGGACAACUUUCUUCCACCAUGAAUACCCAUGGAUCAUCAGUGCUUCUGAUGACCAGACCAUUCGAGUCUGGAACUGGCAGUCCCGGACGUGUAUAUGUGUGCUGACAGGACAUAACCACUACGUCAUGUGUGCCCAGUUCCAUCCCAGUGAAGACAUGGUGGUGUCUGCCUCUCUGGAUCAGACUGUCCGUGUCUGGGACAUAGCUGGUCUAGUAUUACGGAAGAAGAACGUGGCACCAGGACCAGGUGGAGUGGAACACCGGCCUGACAACACACCAGAUCUCUUUGGGACCUCCGAUGCAGUGGUGAAGCAUGUGUUGGAGGGCCAUGACCGUGGGGUGAACUGGGCAGCCUUCCACCCCUCCAUGCCCCUGAUUGUGUCCGGUGCUGAUGACCGGCAGGUCAAGCUGUGGAGGAUGAACGAGUCUAAGGCCUGGGAAGUGGACACCUGUCGUGGCCACUACAACAACGUGUCAUGUUGUCUGUUCCACCCCCGGCAGGAGCUCAUCCUCAGUAACUCUGAGGACAAGAGCAUCAGGGUCUGGGACAUGUCCAAGAGGACGGCUGUACAGACCUUCCGCCGCGACCACGACCGAUUCUGGGUGAUGGCUGCCCACCCCACCCUCAACAUCUUUGCAGCAGGUCACGACAGUGGGAUGGUCAUCUUCAAGCUGGAGCGAGAACGUCCUGCCUAUGCUACAAACGGAAACAUCCUGUACUAUGUGAAGGAGCGCUACCUGAGGCAACUGGACUUCAACUCCUCCAAGGAUGUGGCUGUCAUGCAGCUGAGAAGUGGUUCCAAACAUCCAGUGUACAGCAUGUCUCAUAACCCUGCUGAAAACGCAGUACUCCUGACCACCCGCACCCCAAAUGUGGAGAACAGCACGUACGACUUGUACGCCAUUCCCAAGGACACGGAUUCCUCCAGCCCUGACGCCCCGGAGGGCAAACGUUCGUCUGGUCUGCGUGCAGUGUGGGUGGCACGGAACAGGUUCGCUGUUCUGGACAGGACACAUACGAUCUUGAUAAAGAACCUGAAGAAUGAGAUCACUAAGAAAGUGCAGGUGCCCAACUGUGAUGAUGUGUUCUAUGCUGGUACUGGGAUGUUGUUGCUGAGGGAUUCCGACAGCAUGACUCUCUUUGAUGUGCAGCAGAAGAGAACCCUGGGCACUGUUCGUGUCUCCAAGGUCAAGUACGUUAUCUGGUCCAGUGACAUGUCCCACGUGGCUCUCCUCAGCAAGCAUGUGAUUGCUAUCUGCAACCGCAAACUGGACAGCCUGUGCACCAUCCACGAGAACGUCCGUGUGAAGAGUGGAGCCUGGGACGAGAGUGGGGUCUUCAUCUACACCACAUCCAACCACAUCAAAUAUGCCAUCAGUAAUGGUGACUACGGCAUCAUCCGUACCCUGGACCUGCCCAUCUACAUCACCCGUGUGAAGGGCAGCAGCGUGUACUGCCUGGAUAGGGACUGUCGGCCACGUGUCCUCAGUAUCGACCCUACAGAGUACAGGUUCAAACUGGCUCUCAUCAACAGGAAAUAUGAUGAGGUUCUGCACAUGGUGCGGAAUGCCAAACUGGUAGGUCAGUCCAUCAUUGCCUAUCUACAGAAGAAGGGGUACCCCGAGGUAGCCCUGCACUUUGUAAAGGAUGAGAAGACUCGCUUUGGACUGGCUUUGGAGUGUGGCAACAUUGAGGUUGCCCUUGAGGCUGCCAAGGCCCUUGAUGACAAGAGCUGCUGGAACCGUCUGGGUGAGAUGGCCCUGCUGCAAGGGAACCACCAGGUGGUGGAGAUGGCCUACCAGAGAACCAAGAACUUCGACAAGCUGUCCUUCCUCUAUCUCAUCACGGGGAACCUGGACAAGCUGCGCAAGAUGAUGAAGAUUGCUGAGAUUAGGAAGGACACCAGUGGACACUACCAGAAUGCCCUGUUCCUGGGAGAUGUUGCAGAGAGGACAAAAAUUCUACGUGCCUGUGGACAGAAGUCAUUAGCUUACCUGACAGCUGCCACCCAUGGACUGGAGGAGGAAGCUGAUGCCAUUCGUGAGACCUUUGAUCCUGAAAAGGACAAGCUGCCUGAAGUGGAUUCCAGUGCCAAGCUGAUGGCGCCACCACCUCCCUGCCUACAGUGGGAAACCAACUGGCCUCUCCUGACAGUCACUAAGGGCUUCUUUGAGAGUGCCAUGACCCAGAAGGGCAAAGCUUUGGCAGCGGAACAUGAGAUAGAGGAUGUGGCAGGAGGAGCCUGGGGAGACGAUGCAGAACUCAUCAUUGAUGAUGAGGGUGGUUGGGGCACGACAGGUGAGGGUCUGGAUGAGGAGGGACUGGGUGGAGAUGGGGAGGAUGCAGGCUGGGAUGUGGGAGAUGAGGACCUGGAACUGCCUGCUGACCUGGAUGUUGGUCCAGGUCCAGCCAUGGGAGGGGAUGAGGAGGGCUACUUCGUCCCGCCCACCAAGGGUGUGAGCCAGGGCCAGGUGUGGUGCAACAACUCCCAGCUUCCUGUGGACCACAUCUUAGCUGGAUCCUUCGAAACUGCCUUCAGGUUGCUUCAUGACCAAGUGGGAGUUGUGGACUUCUCCACCUACCAGAGCCUGUUCAUGUUGACCAUGGCUCGCGCUCGCACUGCAUACAUUGGUGUCCCAUCGCUGCCCAACCUGUUUGGCUAUCCACACCGAAACUGGAAAGAAGCAGGUGCCCGUGCUGGCAUGGCAGCAGUAGGUCUGAAGCUGAACGACCUGGUGCAGAGACUACAGCAGUGCUACCAGCUCACGACCGGUGGGAAGUUCCAAGAGGCGGCGGAACGUUUCCGCAGCCUCCUGCUGAGUGUGCCGCUCCUGGUGGUGGACAACAAACAGGAAAUCUCAGAAGCACAGCAGCUGCUUGCUAUCUGUAAGGAGUACAUUGUAGGCCUGUCCAUGGAGAUCUCCCGCAAGGAGCAGCCCAAGGCAAAUCUGGACCAACAGAAACGCAUCUGUGAGAUGGCAGCAUACUUCACCCACACCCAGCUGCAGCCCAUUCACCUCAUCCUCACCCUGAGGACGGCUCUCAACUUGUUCUUCAAGCUCAAGAAUUUCAAGACAGCUGCAUCGUUUGCCAGAAGACUGUUGGAGCUGGGUCCCAAACCUGAGGUGGCACAACAGACACGAAAGAUUCUUCAGGCAUGUGAGAAGAACCUGACUGAUACACAUGAGCUGGAGUACGACCAACACAACCCGUUUGACAUCUGUGCAUCCACAUACAAGCCAAUCUAUAGAGGGAAGCCAGUUGAGAAAUGUCCCCUGUGUGGGGCAUGUUACCAGCCACAGUUCAAGGGGUCUGUCUGCACCAUCUGCAAGGUUUCAGAGGUUGGCAAGGACUGCAUAGGACUACGUAUCAGCCAGAUCCAGUUCAGAUAAAUGUCAUACACUGGUAGUACAUCAACACUUUGUAAUACUAAUAGUACUAUAGACAACAGCCUUGUGUCUACAGUAAGAUGAGGCUCCAUGGAGAUGCAACUGUACUAUGUAUAUGCUUGCAUGAAGAAAAGAAGUUAGAGUUUUACUGUAGACAGCAAAGUCUUGUCUUCACAUGGAUUCAUUGCUUGAAAGGAUUCUAAGCUGUUCAAACCGUGGAUAAAAUCAUGUACACUGCAUGUGGUAUUGGCACCACUUCUUGUUCCAUCAUCCUUGGAAGCUGUACAACAGAAUGUUUUAGUGUCGUCUUAACACAAGGCUUGGUUUCGUCGUGGGAGCUACCUGGUGUUAAUAAAGACUAGCCAGAGAAAAAAUAGAUGGGAAAAACAUACAUUUAUUUCUAGUCACUUGCUGGGCUUUUCUGCUUUGAAUUGACAUACUUGUCAGCUAUGCUAUGAUCUAUAAGUGUAUAUUGAAAAAAAAUGGAGCAAAAGGCAAUUAAUUCGAAAUGCCAAUCUUUCACUUUAUUACAUUUCUUAUUGUUCAGUUUUAUGUAAUAAUAGGUGCCUUUGUAUAUUGACUGUUGUGACUUAUAUAGCAGUUCAAUUCCAAGAUUGGCAUAAGUUCUAUGAGGUUAACUUGAGUUUUGACACACUUUUUAUAUCUUGGGAUUCAACUUGCUUAAACAUCAGAAAUUAACAUGUAUCUUUUAUUCGUGUCAACAUUCCAAAUAAAAAGCAGGCUGCAGUUAUAUAAGUCAUACUUGUUUAUACAGAGGCACAAUUCCUCAAGCAUUCAAGAGUAUGCAGCAGUUACAUGUAGUAUAUGUGCAUGACAAACACGAUCAAUGUCAACCCAUACAUCUAAUGAUAAUUAACAAUAUAUCUUCAUACAAGUGGAAUCAAGAAAUAAAGUUCUUGGUAAGA